ACAUCCUGUCCAUCCUGUCCAUCCUGCCGCUACCCAACACUCCCCCGCAAAACGCUCAUCGCGGAAGGACUCCAAUUCUGACAGACUUUUGUGCCAGCAGCGAUACACCAGCUCUGUAGGACGUAGUUACCGCUUCACCGUUGACCGCCCACGUCUCAAGAUGACCUCUGGCUCAGAAGACAAACCAAAGAAGGAGCCCUCGGCCGUCGCCAAACUCUACAGCUCCAUAGCCACCCUCCCCUCCUUCUCCUCCGCCCUCAUCUUCCCCUCCACCAAGCCCGGCACCGCCCGCGUCGUCGUUUCCGGCACCGUGCGAGACUUGAACCGCAACACGCGUAGGAAGCUUGUCUCGGAGAUCACCGUCGCGGAGGAAGGGAAGGAGGUGUUGGCCGAGCCUUUCACUUCGGAGGUGUCGGAUGGCGCGGGGUUGCUGGUGCAAUUUAGGGAUGGGAAGCGGUGGGUUCAGCUGAAGACUGUGGAUGAUAAGGAGAAGGGGAAGCGGUUCUUCGUUGAGGUUUGGAGCUCGGGCCGCAUUGUCAAGAGCAUCGAAGUGACAGAGUCUCACAAGGCUUUCUACGAGGAUGACUGGUUUGGCUCCAUCGUAUUGUCGAGCGACGAGGAGAAAGUCGCCUACGUCGCCGAACGCAAGCUCCCGGACGAGAAAGGUCCCGAAAAGUUCGUUUUCCGACCGGAUUGGGGCGAAAAGUUCAACAAAAAGGGUGCGCCAUCCAUUGUGAUCUGCGAUCUGGAGUCGGAGGAAAUUAGGGUCCUCAAGGAAUUCGAUGAUCUCGCUGUCGGGGCCGUGCAGUUUGGUCCCAAGGAUGAGAGUUUGAUCUUUUGGGGUGUCAGGACCAACCCUCGUCAGUACGGAAUUCUAUUCUGCCCCAACCGAGUGAGCGGAAUCUACCAAUCGGACCUCGAAGGAAACGGUCUAAAGCUGCUAACGGACCCGAACGAGGCAUCAAGGUCUCCACGUCUAGAUGCCAAAAAGGAAACGCUCUACUUUAUUUCCAACCCCAUCGGCGGCCCUCACUUCACCUGCGGCAAGAUCUCUUCCAUCUCCUUGGGCGGCAAAGCGGAAAUCAAGAGCGUUCUACCUUACGUCGAGACACCUGGACCAUCAGAUUUCCCUGGUCUGUUCAUUGACCGUAUCCCCAUCAAUGGCAUAGUGGAAACCGGCGACGCCCGCUGGAUUGUCGUUACGAACACAUGGAGGAGCCGGGUUACUAUUGCUGCAAUCAAUGUGGCCAGUGGGAAGGUUGUGGAUCUGUGCCCCAAGGUCGAAACUGGGUCUUGGAGAGCGAUUGGAGUUCAUGGUACUUGGGUGGCUGCGAUUCGCAGUGAACCAGGGGUGCCGCAAGUAGUGCACGUCGGAGUCCUAAAACUGACCUCCGACUCAGCAUCCAUCGCUUUCCACUCCAUACACGCCCCUUCCCCCGCCCCCCCACCCAUCAAAUGGCGCACCCUUACCUUCCCCGACCGCUCCUCCAUCCUCGAAGCCAUCCUCGUCACCCCAAUCUCACCCCAACCCAAAACCCUCGUAAAAGGCACCAAACCCCCGCUCCUCGUCUUCCCCCACGGCGGCCCGCACGGCUCCUUCGCGACCGAGUUUUACCUCUACAAUUACCUCCUCACCCGCGUCGGGUUCGCGCUGUUGAUGGUCAACUACCGUGGAUCCACGGGGUUCGGGAAAGGGGGGAUUGAGAGUUUGAUUGGGAGGGUCGGCGAUCUUGAUGUGGAGGACACGCAGUAUGUUGCGGAGGAGGUUCGCAAGUCAGGGGAAGUGGAUCCGGACCGCGUGGCCCUUUGGGGUGGAUCCCAUGGCGGGUUCCUCACCGCUUGGCUGGUGGGCAAGUACCCGGACUACUAUAAGGCCGCGGUGCUCCGUAACCCGGUCAUCAACAUGGGAUCUAACCUCGCGCAGUCGGAUAUCCCCGAUUGGUCGCUCGCGGAAGCGGGAAUCGAAUACGACCUCACCCAACCCCCCCUCGUGACCCCCGAGAUCUAUGCAUCCCUUUGGAAAGCAUCCCCGUUCUCCGUCGCGGCCGCCGUCAAGACGCCCUCGCUUGUCAUGCUGGGAAGCGAUGACCGGCGUGUUCCCAACUACGAGGGGUUAAACUGGUAUUAUUAUCUCAAGGGGAGGGGGGUUGAUGUUAGGGCGAUGAUGUUCCCGGACAACGGCCACGCCCUCGACGGCGUCGAAACGGAGAAGCACGGAUUUGAAGCCCUCACGCACUUCCUGUUGGAGUUUGUCGCCCACAAAUUAGGGUCGGUAGCCCCUUCGCGGGGACCCGGUGACACUUACGGAGACAUCGGCGAGUGAGGACUAAUAGAUUAGCUGGGAUUUCGAAAGCUUGGUUUCUUUCCUCGAGAGUCGGCGUAUAUGUUGGGUCAUGUUCUCGAUCCAUUUCUUCACCACAUCACCAAUUCAUCCUUGCUUUCGCAUACCUUCCGUAGUCGCCAUACCU